AAAUAGGGUUAUUUAUUAGCGAAUAAUUAACUUUUUUAUAAGCCAAUUGCAAACAGAAUACCAAUUACUUGUAAACACAAAAAACAGCUGGUGGCAACAGGUGGUUUGGUCCCCAUAGGAAUACACGUGCUCAAAACGUGUGGGUUUUAUUUACCUUAAUUGACUUCAAUUGACUCGAAACAAGUGGAAAUGAUUCGAAAGGUGCCGCUGAUUGUGAUCCUGGGCUCCACGGGCACCGGAAAGACGAAACUGUCUUUGCAACUGGCAGAACGCUUUGGAGGAGAGAUAAUCAGCGCUGAUUCCAUGCAGGUUUACACCCACCUGGACAUCGCCACCGCCAAGGCAACCAAGGAGGAGCAGUCCCGGGCACGACAUCAUCUCCUGGACGUGACCACGCCGGCGGAACCCUUCACAGUCACUCACUUUCGCAACGCGGCACUGCCCAUUGUGGAGCGGCUGCUCGCCAAGGACACUCCUCCGAUUGUGGUGGGCGGCACGAAUUACUACAUAGAAUCCCUGCUUUGGGAUAUUCUGGUGGACUCGGAUGUCAAGCCGGACGAACACAAACCUUCGGGGGAGCAUCUUAAGGAUGCCGAACUGAAUGCUUUGUCCACCCUCGAGCUGCAUCAGCACCUUGCCAAUAUCGACGCAGGUAGUGCCAACCGUUUUCACCCCAACAACCGGCGCAAGAUCAUCCGGGCUAUCGAAGUGUAUCAGAGCACCGGGCAGACUUUGACCCAGAUGCUGGCGGAACAGCGGGCACAGCCGGGAGGAAACCGCCUGGGUGGACCCCUUCGCUAUCCACACAUCGUUCUCCUUUGGUUGCGUUGCCAGCAGGAUGUUCUAAAUGAACGAUUGGAUUCCCGCGUAGAUAGCAUGCUGGCCCAAGGGCUGGUCCCUGAACUACGACAGUUUCACAAUGCCCACCACUCUACCACUGUGCAGGCCUAUACGUCGGGAGUUCUGCAGACGAUUGGCUACAAGGAGUUUAUUCCCUAUCUGAUCAAGUACGACCAGCAGCAGGACGAAAAGAUAGAGGAGUACCUCAAAACCCAUAGUUACAAGCUGCCAGGCCCAGAGAAACUGAAUGAAGAAGGCCUCCCAGAUGGCUUGGAACUCCUGCGCAGUUGUUGCGAAGAACUAAAGUUAGUCACUCGACGAUACUCAAAGAAGCAGCUGAAGUGGAUCAACAAUCGAUUCCUGGCCAGCAAAGAUCGUCAGGUGCCGGAUCUCUACGAACUGGACACCAGUGAUGUGGCUGCUUGGCAGGAGGCAGUCUACAAGCGGGCAGAGACCAUCAUAGAACGAUAUCGAAACGAAGAGGCUUGCGAGAUUCAACCAAUGGCCAAGCGGGAGCAUCCGGGAGCGGAUUUGGAUGAGGAGACUAGCCAUUUUUGUCAAAUAUGCGAACGGCAUUUCGUUGGGGAGUACCAGUGGGGACUGCAUAUGAAGUCCAACAAACACAAGCGAAGAAAGGAGGGACAGCGCAAGCGGCAAAGGGAUCAGGAAACAAUGCUCUCAACGGAUCUAGCAAAGAAGCAAAAGGGGGAGAAAGAGGAGGCAGAAGAGGCAGAGACUCAGCCACCACCCAGCCGAGUCAAUGAUACUGAUAAGGCAAUGUAACACUAGACGCGGCUUGGCAAUAAAUGAACCUACGUAAAUUUGA